ACACAAACAGCGCAUUGAUAAGUUCCAAGACAUCCAGCUGUCAGAUGCCAAAUGUUGAAUUGGGUAUAGCAGCUAUUUGGAUUCUUGAAUUCAAACGGGCAGGUGUGUCGUUCCCAUGCAACAAACACUACCCAAGCAAUUUGACCCGAUUUUGAAUAAUCGUGCAAAUAAACAUAGAGAGAAGAUUCUCGCUUGUUUUCGGUGAAUUUAAGGCCACAAAUAUACAAACGCUUUAUGAAACUUACGAUCAAGGUCCAUAAACUACAGGCGGUCCCCGAGAUACACGGUUUAUGGGGACCGAAAACGGCCGCAAAAUACCGCGUAUCUCGGAUUUCCGCGUAAGUCGAAUCUCGUGAUUUCCAACUAAAAUAUCACUAAUAUUCGAGUAAUUUUGCAAGUAGGGGGCGGUUUUAGUCACUUUAUGAAUUAUUUGAUAUGAUUCUGACUGAAUAUAACAGUUUUAAAUUUUUUGAAAUAGUUUUUAACAUUCAAUCGAAACGGAAAUUAUUUGGCAAUAUACAAUUGAUGUGUCAAAUCAGUACAAUUUGCUCAAAGAACUGUCAAAUUUAGAAAACCGCGUAUCUCCGAAUCCGCGUAUAAGGGGUACCGUGUAUCUCGGGGACCGCCUGUAUAUAGUAAAAAUUUGCAUGGAACUUUUCAUUUCGCGCGCACGUGCACCGUCGUGUAAACACAGCUGAAGUUCGUCCAAAAAGAAAAGACGAACAUGCUGUGGUAAACAAGCACUUUGACAGCUCGAUGUUUGCAACGGAAUCAUUCGUACAAACGCCCGGCCGACGAAUCGUGCAUUGACGCCAACUGAAAGCAGCGCUACAGGUGAAUGUGAAAUGGAUCUACCCGAUGCUGGAUCUCCCUUCGACAAGCUGCCAUCGGAGCUCAUUUUUUCCAUUUUUGAUUAUCUUGAGCUCAAGUCGCUGAAGGCAGUUUCACUAACAUGCCAUCGGUUGGAGCAAAUGUUUGCCGACUACAGUGCCUGUCGGUUUGUGCUGCGAAUCCGUGAGGAACGAAACAGCUAUGUAUUCCUCCCGCCGUUGAUUGAAAUUGCUGAUAAGGUGGAGGCGGCAACCAAAUUGCUGAAUAGGACCAAACGUUGUUACCGGCGUGUUCAUCUCGAUGUGCAGUAUCAGCCAACGGCUGAUAGUAUCGAGCAUAUGCAAGCUGUGCUCGACAAGCUUUUCGCAGUACGGUUGAUGCAGCAACUGACCGUGCUGAAGCUUGAUUUGCCGGCCGUACCGGAGAAGUUGGCCGUACAGCUGUCGGAUGCGGUGUCAAUGCUAGACAGUCUGCAGGAGCUAGCCAUCAGCUACAAACAAAGAGAUAAUCAAUCCACGUUCAGCCAACUGUACAUUGUGAAUCGUUCACUGCACAAGCUGGUGCUGAACUGCGUUUGGCCCGGCAGGAUCAAUUGUCCCAAUAUGCAGUGCCUGAAAGUGUUGGCGAAUGUAGACGUGUGGUACAUGAUAGGCGAACAGUAUGCACUACAUGGUGACGCAGAACCGUACUGGAAGCUGAAACAUCUGAAGGAGCUGUUCAUGGCGACACACCUUUUGUACCGUGCGUUGGACCAUUAUUUACAAAAAACAGAAACCUAUAAGAGCGUAUUUUGUCAACAGUUGACCCAGCUUAAAAAAUUACGUCUUUUUCACAGUUGCCUGGUAACAGAUAAGGUGCUGAAGGCCAUCUGCGAAUCGUGCGUCCAUUUGGAGAACCUGUCGUUCACGUCAAUGUACAUUUCCAAUCCGGAUUCGUUCCGCUACAUCUCGAACCUAACCAACUUACGACAGUUGUCAAUUGAGAGCUACAUUAGCGGUCUAUCGUUCGCUGGCGUUCGCUUGCCUCACCUCAAAACGCUUCUGCUAGGCAAUGUUAACAUUGACUGGCCAUCGUUAGCGAAAGUUGAAUCGAUUGAGUCGCUCAUGAUUAAACUCAACGUCUCGCAGGUGGUUCCAGCAUGUGAUCUUUUCGCUGGACACAUGCGGCGGUUACGCUUGUUAUGGAUCAAGUUUGAUAUUAAUAUAAAUCACGAGCGCUAUCGAGAAAUAUUCGCAGCGCUCAGUAAACUCCCUGCACUGGAAACGCUUGUACUGCACAAUGUGUUACGUUUGGACUGUCUCAAAGAAAUGGUACCGAUACCACGGCUCACCCGACUCGUUGUAUGCGACAUAUUUCCAAAAUGUAUUUCGGUAUCUCCGGCCGAUGUUGCAAAACGAGUCCCGAAAGUAGAUAGAAUCGAAGUUCCUUGGAUCAAUAAGGUUAACAAAGAGAUGAAGCAACGCUUUGGAUGUAAUGCUGGCUUUUUUCAUUAGAUUUGCAAUGUUGCCUUGACCAUUAGAUAUGGUUUAUACCAUAUUUAUUAUGGUACCACCAUAUACCAUUAUUUAUUUGUAUUACGAACCCAAAUCAUGGUUUGCUUGUUUAACAUGUUUCAACACACGCUUAGCAACUUAAGUGCUGAACUUCUAGAAUAUAUAGAAUGUAGUUGUAAAACGGGGAUUUUUGGUUUGAUAACAGUAAAUGCAAUAAAGACAAUAUUUUAACUAGAA